AUGGGUAUGAUUUCGCGAGUGCGCAGCCGCAUAAGAAGUGAUUCUUUCUCGAAGUUUCAUACGAUGAAAUCGGAAGACAAGAUUGCAAACAUUGUGUGGUUGUUAUCUUUGGUGCUUCUGCUGCCAUAUUGGGCGCCGCGAGGGCUAUUGGUUGCGUUAGGUGGGGCUUGGUUGAUGGCAGCUUACACUUGUUUAGUGGUGCCCGUUCUGAUAUCGGCUAACUACCGCUACCCAGCAAGAUGGUAUCCCGCUGUUGUGAAACUCGCCCAAGAGGUCGCGCGUAGACUGCGGUCGCCUUGCGCCCGUCUCCUGGGAGUGAUGAAGACUGCUUACUCACCUCUGGAACGUGCCGAGCGAUUGUUCUUGCAAAUGAGCAAUCUUUCAACGAUGAUCAGCCAGUUACUGGUGUUUACUGCUUGCGAUCGCCUCUUCGUGUCUCAAGGGCGGUUGACGUGCCUCUAUUCCCUCAUGUUCUACAACGUGAUCACGUACUCCGUCAGUUACGUUCGCGAGAUAUGCACCAAGGAAGACUGGUCGCCAUACGUGAACGUCACCAGACACUCCCGCGUUAAGCACCUUGCCAUGUCGGCCACGAAGAUCGUCCUCGAGUGGACCAAAGCGGUCACUUUCAUUGUGACCAUAACCUUCAUCCUGCUCACGCUUGGACUAGAGCAGGGCUUGGAGCAUUUCCGACCUACGGCGCUUUACACAGCCAUCACCGGCACCUACUACCUUCUGACAGAGAGGACCUUUUUAGAAUUGUGGCCCAUACUCCUGUCGGCAAUGAAGCUGGAACGGCUGGAGGGUAUGGAGGCGCUUUAUUGUGGCGUAUGGGCCAGGGGGGUCACUACGGCACUGGCGCUACCGCUCGUGCCCGCGUUGGCGUGGAACGAGCGUUGGCGGCUAUCGGUUCUUGUCUUUUACGUGUGCGUGUUCGUGCAUGGACGGCAUAGGUUGGGCGAGGCGCUCGUUAAGAUGAACGAGGCGUGCGAUUCCCUGGCGAAGUUUAGGCGGGCCACCCCCGAGGAGCUCUCCACUCUCGAGGACGUGUGCGCGGUGUGCUUGGGCUCUAUGAAGUCGGCCAGGGUCACCCCCUGCGCCCACUUCUUCCACGCCGACUGCCUGCGUAGAUGCCUGGCGACCUCCGACAGAUGCCCCAUUUGCGUGAGGCCGUACGUGUUCUGC